AUGUUGCUGAACCUACAUCCCCAUAAUGUGAUCGCGGUGGGUGUGAUACUCCCCACAUUGGCCUCGAUCGCAGUUGGUCUGCGAUUCUAUGCUCGACACCGAAUACGAGUGGCUCUCAGAGAGGAUGACUGGACUAUGCUAGCCUCGAUCCUCUUGGUAUGGGGCUUGGGGAUAACCAAUAUUGCCGGCGCUGCGCUCGGAGCGUUAGGCGCCCAUUCAAAACCAGCUGAACUCGAUGCGCCUCAUGAUAAUACGAUUACCCGAACUCGCGCGGAUAUAAUCGUGGAAGAGAUUGUCCUCGGAUAUAGCAUAGUUGAGAAGAUCACGUUCGGAGUGAUUAAGAUCAGUGUGCUCAUGGCUUACCGGAGGAUCUUUCGAGGCAAGAUAUUCAACAUGGCCUCGCUGGGCAUGAUUAUCCUUUGCACACUGCUAGCACUUGCCUUUCUGAUUACAUCUGCCUUCCAAUGCCAUGUUCGAAACUGGAAGAUCUCCUGGUCCGGCUAUGCCAUCUCCGACGUGAUUACAGACUUGAUUCUUCUCUUCUUUCCCGUGCCAUUGGUGUGGAAGCUACAGCUCACCCUCUCGAAAAAGAUCAGCGUUUUGCUGGUCUUCUUGCUGGGUUCACUAUCCACAGCAGUCGGGAUCACAAGGAUGGUAACGAUACUAUACUUUACCUACGGUACCUCUGAUGGAUACCGGGACCUACUAGACACUAUUGCCACGGCCUUGAUCUGGAGUCUUGUAGAAGCCUCAGUGGCCAUCAUCGCAUCCUGCCUACCUUCUAUUCGCCCACUCAUCCAUAGAUCCUCGACCAGUUAUCACAAGAGUAAGCCGUCGGGCUCAAGCGUUCAGGUUUCGAGACCGAGAGCAUCACUGCUCCCGGCCAAGCCAGCCUUGGUUGAAUUCGAUGACAUUGAUGACCGUCAGCACCUAGCGUCUCGGUUAGAGGAGGGGAAAUGGUCACAACAAUAA